AUGCCUGGCGCACUAUACCUACCAUCAUCCUCCAGCGUGAUCACGGUCGGGAGUAGUGAUAUGAUAUGUCCGUUCUGCCGCAAGAAGUUCAACGAGAUAUCAAGCCGCAAACGCCACAUCUACUACUGCCGGACGCGACAAGCCGAUCCAGCACCACCUCGGCGUCGGGCUUGCGAGGGGUGCGUGACUGCCAAAGCUCGGUGCGAUCUCUCCCAACCAUGCAAGCGGUGCUCUGCCCGUCAGGUUGACUGUCACUAUGCCGGUGCGCAGCCCUCCAAGGACGGCGCCGAUCGCCGACGGUCUAAGGGCAGCAGCCCACGCACGACGUUGUCUAGUGACGAAGUUUUCCCACCAGAUCCCGCACGCCCGGAUACUACGAACGGUGCCAUGGCAUAUGGCUCCCUUGAAGCUCAACCCGAUGUGCCAAUAACCUGGCGAAGCUCGCCGCUGUCGCAUCGUCGGAAGAGGGAUGUCUCAGCAUCUGCCAUCACAUCACUGAUUCUGGACCAGCUCUCGACACAGCUCGCUAUGUUCCGCGACUCGACUAACGACGACUCGCAUCCACUGAUCCACCGAAGCCAAUAUCCCUUCGCCACGGGCUCACCAUUAGUGACGUGUCAGGUGCUGCUUCGCUCAUUUGCGAAGACUGCUCCUGACCGCCAAUAUCAUGUAUGGGACUGUAUAGGACAGGAAGCCGACCGGAUCUGGUUCGAACACGACAAGUGGGCAGACGAUGAUUGGCUACUCAUCUCAAGCCUGCAAGCAAUGUAUUUCUAUCUGCUGCACCGGGUCGUUGCUGGAGGUGCUGUACAUUUCGAUUGGGACCUCCCCUUCUUGAUAUGCAUGAAUCAGAUCUGCAAAGCCUCGAAGUCGCGAUUCGAGGACGCCACUAAUAUUGACCACACGAAGCCACACGCGUUCGGGUACGAAUUUUGGGCAAAGUAUCAAGUGUGCAAGCGUUUGGCAUGCGCUCUUCGCAUUCUGGAUCUCGUGGUGGACAUAUCUGAUGCAGUCUCGUGCAUUGCUGAUCCUGGCUACUUCCUUCUACCGCUACCUGCAAUCGAGGUGAUGUGGCAAGCGAAAGGCAAGCGAGAGUGGCAGAGAGUGCUGCAACAGCAGCCGAAGGCCAAGGAAGUCUACGGACUGAGCCUGCAAGGCCAACUGAAGCGUCUCGUCGACGGCGAGGAGGCUGGCACUGGAAGCGUUGUACCGGACUUUUCGACCUGGUGUUCGACACAGGGCCAUUUCGGCCAGGUCGUUCGGACUGCCGCUAUCUUGUUGUCCGAAUGA